AUGAACCUUCUCCUCCUAACCCUAACCCUCCUCACCACCACCCUCACCACAGCAACCCCGACCCCUCGCCAGGACAGCCUCCUCUGGCCAUACGAAACCUACCGUUACUGGGUGCAAACCGGCAACUGGAAACUGGACCCACAAGACCAACUCCUCGUCGUGAAAAACGGCAACGCAGCAGACGAAACCACCACCAUCGUAACUUUCAACAUCCCCACUACAGCUGACGGCCACAAAUGCAAGCUCCUAUUCGACCUCUGGGACCGCGAUGUCUCCAGCGGCUCAAAGCAGGCCGACGUAUUCACGGCCACCAGGCCCACUGGCGCGAGUGCUUCUGACUCGAACGCUCAGUCUGUGUCGCUGCAGUCUGUGUCCCAGGAGGUCGCCGAUGUGAUUGUUCAGUCGAGGGAAGAGCAUAUCGGCCGGAUUAGUGUUUCUGCGCCUGGUACGGCUGACUGGGUGUUGGCUUAUCAGGGGUAUCCGGAGUUUGAUUGUCCUGCUGGGCAGAUGGUUGGGUUUGAGUUUGUCGGGGUUAAUGAUGAGGUUGCUAUUAGGUGGGAUAUUGGUGUUACAGGGCCUAAGGUGCAGGUUUUGUAG